GCCACGGAACCCGCGCCGCCCUCCCGACCGGCCCACGGAGUCCAUGGACCUGAGCGCCGCCGCCGCACUGUGCCUCUGGCUGCUGAGUGCCUGCCGCCCCCGCGAAGGGCUGGAAGCGGCGGCUGUGCUGCGAGUGGCGGGGGCAGGGCAGACCUGGAGCCCGGGGGGCGGCGGCGCGGACGGACGGACCCUCGCCCCGGCCACGGGCGCCUCGGCUUUCCAGGCCGCGGUGGUUCCGGGGGCCCGAGCGGCGCGGCGCGCCGCGGGCUCCAGCUUCAGGAACGGCUCAGUGGUGCCGCACCACUUCAUGAUGUCGCUUUACAGGAGUCUGGCCGGGAGGGCUCCCGCUGGGGCAGCCUCCACCUGGGGCCACGACCAUGCCGACACAAUCACCGGCUUCGUAGACCUGGCGACCCAAGACGAUUCGGCAGCCGAGACUGGUCAGAGCUUCCUGUUCGAUGUGUCCAGCCUUCCAGAUGCCGACGAGGUGGUGCGUGCCGAGCUACGCGUGCUGCGCCGCGAAUCUUCAGAGCCAGGCCUUGGCAGCGGGACUUCGCCGCCGCUGCUGCUUUUAUCCACGUGUCCGGGAGCAUCCCGCUCACCAAGCCAGCUGCACUCCCGUGCAGCUGAGCCCCUGGACGGCCGGCGGUGGGAGGUGUUCGACGUGGCUGACGCCGUGCGGCACCACCGCCAGGAGCCCCGCGCCACCCGCGCGCUCUGCCUCUUGCUCCGCGCAGUGGUCGGUCCCGCCCGGAGUCCAAUGGCACUGCGGCUGCUGGGCUUCGGCUGGCGGGGCGGAGGCGGCGCUGCGGCUGAGGAGCGCGCGCUGCUAGUCGUCUCCUCCCGCACGCACCGGAAGGAGAGCCUGUUCCGAGAGAUACGCGCCCAGGCCCGCGCACUCGGGGCCGCUCUGGUCGCAGAGUCGCCGCCCGACCCGGGACCCGGCAAUGGGCCAUCGAGGAUAGUCAUGGGCGGCCGCAGGCGGCGGCGGACGGCGCUGGCUGGGGCGCGGGCCGCGCAGGGCAGCGGCGGGGGCAUGGGCCGGGGCCACGGGCGCAGGGGCCGGAGCCGUUGUAGCCGCAAACCGCUCCACGUGGAUUUCAAGGAGCUAGGCUGGGAUGACUGGAUCAUCGCGCCGCUGGACUACGAGGCUUACCAUUGCGAGGGCGUUUGCGACUUUCCGCUGCGCUCGCACCUCGAGCCCACCAACCACGCCAUCAUUCAGACGCUGCUCAACUCCAUGGCGCCAGACGCGGCGCCGGCUUCCUGCUGCGUGCCCGCACGCCUCAGCCCCAUCAGCAUCCUUUACAUCGACGCCGCCAACAACGUGGUCUACAAGCAGUACGAGGACAUGGUGGUGGAGGCCUGCGGCUGCAGGUAGCAUGCGGCCCGGGGAAGGGGCAGCCGCGCCGCCAAGGA